AAGCUCGCUGGACUCCUUGCUUGCUUGGGGAGAUGAGGAAGAUCUCUGGGAAGGUUAGAGUAUGUGGGACGACAGCAUAUGUGGCACAAACAGCAUGGAUUCAGAGCGGAACCAUUCAAGAGAACAUCUUGUUUGGGGAGCCCAUGGACCAUGAGAGAUAUAAGGAGGUUAUUAGGGUUUGUUGCUUAGAAAAGGAUCUGGAAAUGAUGGAAUUUGGGGAUCAGACCGAGAUUGGGGAGAGGGGAAUCAACCUUAGCGGAGGUCAGAAGCAACGUAUACAGCUUGCCAGGGCUGUGUAUCAGGAUUGUGAUAUCUACCUCCUCGAUGACAUCUUUAGUGCUGUUGAUGCUCACACUGGGUCAGAACUCUUCAAGGAAUGUGUGAGAGGAGCGCUCAAAGCAAAGACUAUUAUACUUGUCACUCAUCAAGUCGACUUCUUGCAUAAUGCUGAUCUCAUCUUGGUAAUGCGAGAUGGGGAAAUUGUACAGUCGGGAAAGUACAACGAGUUACUAGCUCCAGGAUCAGAUUUUGAGGCUCUUGUUGCUGCUCAUGAUAGUUCAAUGGAGCUUGUAGCUCAUGAUGGCACUGAGCAGCCAGCAAAUCCUACAGAUAAACCCAUCAUAAAACGUGAGCUAUCUACUAAAGAAAAUGGUGCAGAAGUCUCACCAAAAUCUGAAAAGCACACAUCCAAACUCAUUGAGGAUGAGGAACGAGAAACUGGUCUAGUUGGAUGGAACGUGUACAAGUUAUACAUGACAGAGGCUUGGGGAUGGUGGGGUGUGAUUGCUAUUGUUAUUGUUUCUCUGCUUUCACAGGGUCUUUCAAUGGCGAGUGACUAUUGGUUGGCGUACGAAACGUCAGAUGAAAAUGUCUCAUCUUUCAGUCCGAACAUAUUUAUAGAAGUCUAUUCCGCACUAGCAUUAGUUGCAAUUAUCUUCAUCGCUGUCAGAACCUAUCUUGUGACAUAUCUGGGACUUGUGACUGCUCAAAUCUUCUUCAAGCAAAUCCUUAACAGUAUAUUACAUGCUCCCAUGGCCUUUUUUGAUACUACACCUUCUGGAAGAAUACUAAGUCGGGCAUCGUCUGAUCAAACCAACAUUGAUCUCUUUCUUCCAUUCUUCAUGGGGCUAACUAUUUCAAGCUACAUGGUUGUCCUAGGAAUUAUCUUCAUUACAUGUCAGGUCGCAUGGCCGACAAUCAUAUUCGUUGUUCCAUUGGGGUGGCUGAACAUCUGGUACAGGGGAUAUUACCUUGCAACCUCACGGGAGCUAACUCGUCUGGAGUCAAUCACAAAAGCACCAGUUAUCCAUCAUUUCUCAGAGACGAUUCUUGGUGUAACAACCAUCAGGUGCUUCAGAAAGGAGGAUAGGUUUUCCCAAGAAAAUUUAGACAGGGUUAAUUCAAGCUUAACAAUGGACUUUCACAAUAAGGCCUCUAGCGAGUGGCUUGGUUUCAGGUUGGAACUGAUUGGAAGUUUCAUCCUCUGUAUAUCUGCUCUCCUAAUGGUGAUGCUGCCUAGCAGUUUUGUCAAACCAGAGUAUGUUGGUCUAUCUCUUUCCUACGGUCUUUCCCUUAAUGGUGCACUCUUCUGGACGGUAUGGAUUAGUUGCUUUAUGGAGAACAGAAUGGUUUCUGUUGAGAGGAUGAAACAGUUUACUGAUAUUCCUUCUGAGGCUGCUUGGGAGAUCGAAGACUGUCUUCCUUCACCAAGUUGGCCCACCCAAGGAGACAUUGAUGUCUCUGGCUUGCAGGUAAGAUACCGGGAAAACACUCCUUUAGUCCUGAAUGGCAUUACACUUAGCAUUAGAGGUGGAGAAAAGAUUGGUGUUGUCGGGAGAACUGGUAGUGGUAAAUCAACAUUUAUUCAAGCAUUAUUCCGGAUAGUGGAGCCAUAUCGAGGUAGGAUAAUCAUCGAUGGAGUAGAUAUCUGUACAUUGGGCCUUCAUGAUCUGAGGUCGCGCUUUGGUAUUAUUCCUCAAGAACCUGUUCUUUUUGAGGGAACAGUGAGAAGUAACAUUGAUCCAACAAGACAAUAUUCAGAUGAUGAGAUAUGGCAGAGCCUUGAACGCUGUCAGCUCAAAGACGUGGUAACUGCAAAACCUGAGAAGCUAGACGCAAUGGUGGUUGACUACGGAGAGAAUUGGAGCGUAGGGCAGAGACAGCUUCUAUGUCUAGGCCGUGUAAUGCUGAAACACAGCAAAAUUUUGUUUAUGGAUGAGGCGACUGCCUCGGUGGAUUCACAGACAGAUGGCGUGAUUCAAAAAAUUAUCCGUGAGGACUUUGCUUCAUGUACCAUUAUCAGCAUUGCUCACAGAAUACCGACAGUCAUGGAUUGUGACAGAGUUCUGGUUAUUGAUGCUGGUAGGGCGAAAGAAUUCGACAGCCCCUCCAACUUGAUCGAGAGGCCAUCUCUCUUCGGUGCAUUAGUUCAGGAGUAUGCUAAUCGCUCAUCCGACCUAUAAAGUGUCGUCCACUGAGUUGAUAGGUCAGCAACGGUUAAUGCACAAAUUGAGCGGGCUUGGUCGUAUCGAUGAAGAUAUCAGAGGUUGAAGAUCAUUAUUCACUUCUGCCUGUCAAUGAAACCGAGUCGUCAAUGAUUUUGUCUGAGAGUAGAGAAGGUAGGGAAGCUUUUUACCGGAGAAAUUGGAAGGGAAAAAAAAAACUAGAGAGGGAGAUAAUUAAAUUUUUCUGAGUUGAGUGUUGUAUUUGUCUAUCUGUUCUCUUCUAAAUUUUUUUUUUAUUUAUUUGAUGUUUUCCGAUAUAUAAAAUAUAUCUGCGGCGUUGAUGUCGUUACCUAAUUUGAAUUGCAAAUAUGAGAGGAUAAAUAAGUCAAGUGGUGCUACAACUUUAUUGUCUUUAUGCCAUUAUCACAAAAUGCUGUAGCUAUGUUUCGUAUAUUUACCUUUGAAAUGUAUUUUUUUUUUAAGAACUGGAAAUAGAUCAAAAUAUAGAUCUCA